CUCUGCCUCUACCCCUCACAGUGCUUCUGGCAACAUACUUUGCUGCCUUUAACACUCGCUUAUCUAGCUGCACUCAUUAAAAAUACUUUGUGACAUCUUCAACACAAACACCAAGAUCUUUUUGCAGCAUCACUGCCAUCUUGACCAAACAGGAAACCAAAAAUGUCCGGCAUCAUCAAAGUGUGCCUGCUCCUGGCUGUGAUGGUCUGCGUCUCUACUGCCCAACACAAUGAAUCAGGACAGAACUGUCUGUGUCGCAAUGUCAGGAAUGACAUUACCAAGUCCAAUGUGAAGGACAUCCAGAUCUACCCGGCAACCAUCUUCUGUGACAGAGUGGAGAUUGUUGUCACCGCCAGCAGCGGCCUUCGCUACUGCCUGAACCCCAGGGUGAAAAAAGUGAGAGCACUCCUGGCAAAGAUCAUGCGGAGCCAAAAAACCACAACCACUCGCCCAGACAGCAGCAGCACAGCUCACAUCUGACUCUCUCUGACUCCAUGGACGAACAUAUGACCUCUGACCACCUGACAAAUGCACCUUCAAUGAAUGUCCAAUGUGAAAUUAAUGAAACUUUUUGGUCUAUUUAUCUUCUAUUUAUAUUUUGAGCUCUCUAAGCAUAUCUCCGUUCUACUUUAUUUCCUCUGAUUUCGAGGGCAAUGUCGAAGUUUUUCCUGCAUAUCGAUAACUUUUGUUUUUUAAAUAAUAAAAAAAAUCAGUGGCACAUGGA